AUGCUCCCCUCCACCGCCACCACUGCCUCCACCGCCUCCACCGCCUCCACCACCGCCUCCACCGCCUCCUCCGCCGCGGCAGUGGAAGGCACGGGUCGGCCGGCCCGGCGCUCCGUGUGGCAGGUGGUGGUGUCGGAGUGCCGCCACUACUACCACGGCUUCCGUCUCCUCGGCAUCGACACCAAGAUCGCCGCUCGCAUGCUGUGGAGGAUCCUGCACGGGCACACGCUGUCACGCAGGGAGCGCAGACAGUUCCUGCGGACUUGUGCAGACCUCUUCCGCCUGGUGCCCUUCCUCGUCUUCAUCAUCGUCCCCUUCAUGGAGUUCCUCCUCCCCGUGGCCGUCAAACUCUUCCCAAAUAUGCUGCCCUCCACCUUCGAGAGCUCCUCCACUAAGGAGGAGCGUCUGAAGAAGGAACUCCGGGGUAAGCUGGAGAUGGCGAAGUUUCUGCAGGACACCAUUGAGGAGAUCGCCGUGAGGAACAAAGCGGCCACAGAGAGCUCCACACUCGAGUUCUCCGCGUUCUUCCAGAAGAUCCGCAGCAGCGGGCAGCGUCCCAGCAACGAGGAGAUCCUCCGCUUCUCGCAGCUCUUCGAGGACGAGUUGACGCUGGACAGCCUCGGCCGCCCCCAGCUGGUGGCUCUGUGCAGGCUGCUGGAGCUGCAGCCCAUGGGUACCAACAACUUCCUGCGCUUCCAGCUGCUCAUGAAGCUGCGCAACAUCAUGGCCGACGACAAGAUGAUCGCCAAGGAGGGGGGGGUGGGCUCGCUGUCCGUGGGCGAAGUUCAAGCAGCCUGCCGCGUGCGUGGGAUGAGGGCCAUGGGGGUCACAGAGGAGAGGCUUCGUGGGCAGCUCAAGCAGUGGCUGGAGCUCCAUCUGAGUGCACAAAUCCCCACAUCGCUGCUACUCCUGUCCAGGGCCAUGUACCUGCCUGAGACGCUGUCACCUGCUGACCAACUCACCAGCACCUUGCAGGCAUUGCCAGACAGUGUGCUCAAGUAA